AGAGAGAGAGAGAGAGAGAGAGAAAGGGCGGCGGUGAGGAGAAGAAUCGCUUUUGCUUUACAAACGGGUGGAAAGGAAACUCCUACUGACUGUUUUUUUCUCACCGUUCGUGAUUGUAUUCGAGUCCGUUGAGUUUGGAGGCGUUUUGUCCGUUUUUCUGAGGAUUUUUUUUCUGUGAGGAAAUCUCUGGAAUCCACAGGUCUUCGUGUUUCAGUUCCUUCGUCUAAACGAGCGGCGCUACCAUGAAGGAAAAGAGUGGGUUGGUAGGAGAAGGUCUGGAUGCAGACUAGUCCGUCCACCGAGGGAGACACCCAGGCCAGGACGCCGCCUUCCCUUUACAAGCAUGAUAACUCCAAUGAGGUCUCUGCUGCGUAUUCUUUCACUUCUGAUACUUGCUGUGCAAGAAUGUAGAACAGUGUGUGUGGAUCCGAAUGCACAGGCACACAAUGAAAUCCAAUCAGAGGCAGUGGUGGGGAACCCCAUGAAGCUCACAUGCAUCUCAUGCAUGAAGAGAGAGGAGAUUGAGGCUGUGACCAGAGUCAACUGGUAUUACAAGCCUAAAGACAGUAGGGAUUUCCGCCAGCAUAUCUUCCUGUAUGAUAGCAGGCCGCAGGAUCUGGAGGGGCCGUGGAAAGGGCGUCUGAUGUGGAACGGCAGCAAAGACAUGCAGGAUGUCUCCAUCAGCAUCACCAACGUCACAAUGAACGACACUGGCUCAUACGAGUGUGUGGUACAUCGCACAUUUUACUUCAACCUCUAUACCCCUACCUUUAGUAUCAACAUCACAAUCAACCUGGUGGUAAGAGAGACCGAGAUUAGGGACUCCACAGCAGUGUACUCAGAGAUCAUGAUGUACGUGUUGCUGGUGUUCCUCACCUUCUGGCUUCUGGUUGAAAUGAUCUACUGCUACAGAAAGAUCUCCAAAUCAGACGAGCAAGCACAGGACACCGCGACAGACUACCUAGCCAUUCCUUCUGAAAAUAAAGAGAACCCGGGUCCCGCAGUAACGGAAUAAAAGUGGUUGUCUCACACACACGAUACGGUACUGAUGAUUGGUCCUGGCGACUGGGUUGAAAAGAGGGCGAGAGCUGAUCUUUGCAGGCAUGCUGGCGGUGUGAGAGCUGCCCUGAGAUAACACAAAACCUGCCGAAACAAAUCCCUGUGGUCUUUUUCAUGAAGCAAAUUCUCCACUGCAUCAUUACCCUCCUCUGUCCCUGUCUUUCUCUCACUCCCUCUUUCUCAGUGAAGAGUUACACACUAUUAACCGCAGAGCGAAACGAGGUCUUGUUCGUGUUUCCUCAAUUUUUUGCCUUAGAGGAGAUUACAACAUCCGGAACGGCAAUCAGAACUAAAAAGCUAACGUGCUGCCUAUUGACGAGAAACGUACUUGCCUGAUUUUGAUAUUCAUCAUAAUCUUCAGCAUACCCAAAAAAGCCUUCCACUUUCUUUGAUAUACUCUGCUGUUACCAUUUUGAUAGAACAAAAGUCUCUUUUAUAAAAAAUAAAAAAAAAAGACUUCCACAUCCUAGCUUAUUAUACUCCGCUUAUACAGUAUCCUAUACACGACUUUAUGCUUUCAUGUGUGAAUGAAGCUGAAUAUUGUUUACAUCCCAAUUGUCGUUCACUGCCAGGAACUUGCGUCUUCGAGUUUCUCAGCCACUUCACCGUGAGCUUUUAGAGUUGAGUUUGUGUACAUGUGAAAAGCCAGUGAUUUUUUUCCCUUUUCCAUUAGAGCCUCUAUAUCAGCGGUGGUAAUGUGUACUGUAACCAUGUUGAAGUCCCUGACUGGUAUUGCUCAUUGCUCUGUAAUGCUCUUUGGUGACUUUAUACUCACUACUACUGUUACAGGUACUGUGGACAAGUUGUGUUCUGUGAUUUGCCUCAAUUUACACUAUAAGCAGCUGUUGUUCACAUGCCGAAUAGACUGUUUCUCAAGCUAUACACUAUCUGCAUUAACUGUUCACAGACUCUUUGUACAUGAAUAGGAACACAAUCAAAUGUGACUGGGUGGAUCACGCAAGGUAAAAACUUGACUUGUGAAUGCACACAGUUGAUAUCUACUUUUACUGUUAUUAUAGUGUGCAAUAACUGCUUAAUAUUUUGUUUUCUUUCCUCUGGAACUGUUGCCUUUUGCACCGUUUUAUAAGAAGCUGCCACUACCGAAAGACAAAUGUGACUUGUUUUCAUGCCCUGUCCAAAAGGAGCUGUAUAACUCUUGUGAAAGCUUGUCAUCUGACAUUAAAGCAAAGCCGUAUAUUCUACAGGCUCUUGGUUCUUCA